AUGCCCUCCCCCGAUGAAAUCUUUCAGAAUUGGAACGGCAUCAUUUCCAAUGACUUCGCAGAAACCAUCUCCAAAACAUUUGCACUGCCUCCAGGCGACGGCUAUCUGUACAGAGCCGAGUCCUUCGCGAUGGCCAUGCCGCAGAUCCAAGAGCAGGUCAACUCGGGCAUACUGAAAUACAAAUACCAAUCGCAUGGACAGCAAAUUGACGUUGCCCCUGCAGACAUCACAGCGUACACCUCGAUCUUCUCCCCCACCACCGACUCCUCCAAGUCCUUGACCUCAUUCGCCUCCAAUGCGAAGAAAUCCUCCCCUCGAGAAACUGUUGCGAAAUACCUUCAAUCACGGCGCAUCCCUCCCGCAUUCAAGGUCCCGAAAUCGAAGUCCCAUGUCAACCCUUACUAUGACCUCUGGGUACUUUCGUGCCAUCUCACCUCCUUCUUGGGACCUCUCCCACACUCCUCAUAUGCGGAUCCGCUCAAUGCAAAAAUGACACACCCUAUCCUUCCAGUGUUCUAUCACCAUUUCGGCUGUGUUGUCCCCACAUACGAGGCUCUGUUCAUCGUUUCCCAACUGACUGCCGAGUCUGGUGCAGAGGGAAUAAUUGACAUGGCAAGUGGGAAUGGUUAUUGGACAUACAUGCUACGCCGAAUGAAGCUCAAUGUUGUUGCUGUGGAUAAUAUGGCCAGCGAAUAUCGAACUAUGUGGAUUUCCGACACGGUCAAGAGCGAUGGGGUUGAAUACCUGAAAAGGCAUGCCGGUGGGAAGGGAAGGAUUUUACUGAUGGUAUACAUGAUUACAGCGGGAACCUUCACGAAGAGGGUCGUCCAGGCAUAUCGUGGGGACACGAUAGUAGUUGUCGGAACCCAGAAUGCUAAUAGGUAUACGGGGUUCAGCGAUUGCACAGUCGAGGAAUGGUUCGAGAAAGAGAUGCCCAACUGGCAAUUAGUAUGCAGAAUUGCCAUGCCGAGCUUUGCCGGAAAGGAUGAAGGCUUCUUUGUCUGGAAAAAGACGUGAGGCGCGGGCGAACGAUGAGCAGCAGAAUAUUUGAAUCCACGGUUGCUGAUCCGUUCUCUCCCCGUUUCUCUCAAGCGUUUUGAUUCGGGUUGAAUUGAGUUCCACCCAUGACGAUGCUUCUUUCUUUCUUUCGAUGGUCAGAAUUUUAAGUGCCUCCAGGGACCAGCUCUGAACAAGACUUGGAUGACCCACAAUCUCCAACCCCCAUCUCUUUAGUCUAUUUUCAUGAUCUGCCUACGGCCCUACGGUUUCGUAUCCCAAGUGGAGUGGGGUAUCUACCAUUACGUUUCCUUUCCAGAAUAUCAUAUUUCGUUCUGAGAUAGUUGUUUCAAGAAUAGCUCCCAAUACUACCACGCAUUUUUCACCCGCGUCGCGGCUCCCGUUUCAUGAUCGUUCAUCUAUGUAUAAGAUUUCAGAACUUAUAGCCCUU